AUGGAGCGGCAGUUAGAGCAGUCUUUACGGGAGCAGGCACUGCUGAAAGCACAGCUGACACAGAUAAAGGACUCGCUAAAACAAGCCCAUCUAGACAGGGAUGAGUACGUUCAACAUCUAAAAGGAGAGAGGGCCCGGUGGCAGCAGAGGAUGAGAAAAAUGUCCCAGGAGGUCUGCACACUGAAGAAGGAGAAGAAGGAUAACAUGCGUCUGGUGGAGAAGCUGGAGAGGAGUUUAUCGAAACUCAAACACCAGAUGGCUGAACCCCUGCCCCCGGAGCCCCCAGCAGUGCCCCCUGAGGAGGAGCUGCAGCACCUGAGGAAGGAACUAGAGAGGGUGUCAGCAGAGCUCCAGGCCCACGUGGAAAACCAUCAACACGUAAGUCUCCUGAACCAGGCACAAAAGGAGAGGCUUGGGAGGCAGGAGGAGAGGCUUCAGCAGCUGCCCGAGGCACAGAGCGGCGUCGAGGAGCUGAACAACGAGAACAAGAGCGCACUGCAGUCGGAGCAGCAAGUGGAGGAGCUACAGGAGACGCUGGGCGAGGAGCACCUGGAGGCUUCCAGCCACCAGAAUCAGCAGCUGCAGGACCAACUGAGUCUCACGGCUCUCCCUGGUGAAGGAGAUGGAGGAGAACAUCUGGGCAGUGCGGAGGAGGAGGCACCUCGGCCCAUGCCGAGCCUCCCAGAGGACCUGGAGAGCUGGGAGGCCAUGAGCGGCUGUAUGGACCACCGGGAGGAGAUGGCGGACCUGAGUGAGCUGGUGGAGAAACCGGAACUUCCAUUCAUCGAAUACUGGGGAGAGAGAUGCCAUCAGAAUGUUCAUCAGCUUCUAACAGAGGCAGGGGGCAGUGCCGAGGAUGCAGCAAUGGGAGGAGGACAUCAUCAGGCUGGUCCAGCACAGGGAGGAGAUGAAGGUGAAGCUGCUGGCGCUGCAGGAGAUGCUGUUAAGGCUGGCAGUGACUACAACAGCAAGCACAGCAAACUCCUGACCUCUUCCCAGAACCCAGCUCAUGAGCCCAGUCCAGGAGUCCCAGCCCCCCAGGAGCCUGGGGCUGCCCACAAGCAUGAUGGCUUGUUACCUGUAUGCUGCCUGGUGGCACCUGGGGGAUUCCACAGGGACUGCCAUGGCGCCUACUGGGCGCGGUCCCACCCUGACAGCCAACAGGCUCAGAAGCCUGAUCUAGCGGUGGCCGGGAAGACAGGCUCCCUCCAGGCUGAGUUCAUGGCCCUGCCCCCUGGUGGCCAGAGCCGGCUUCACAGGAUAAGAGCCAGGGAAGCUCCAGGGGCUUUCCAGGAAAAGUGA